AUGAUAGUAAUUGGCCUAACUGGCGGAAUUGCGACCGGGAAGUCCACCGUAUCUUCCCUUCUUCAAACCAAAUACCAAAUGCCGGUCAUCGAUGCGGAUAUUCUUGCACGUAAAGUUGUCGAACCUGGGACAUCUGCGCUUCGUCGUAUCGUUCAAACAUUUGGCCCAGAAGUAUUGCUGACAGACGGAUCUGGCGCUCUCGACCGCAAGAAGCUUGGAUCAAUCAUCUUCAAUGAUGAGAAGAAAAGAAAGCAGCUGAAUGCGAUAAUCCACCCAGCUGUGAGAUGGGCAAUGUUUUGUGGGGUUGUAAAGUGCUGGUUGAGAGGGGAGAGCAUUUGUGUGUUGGAUGUGCCGCUACUUAUUGAGAGCAAGAUUUGGAGAUAUGUUUGGGGAGUCAUAUUGGUUUAUACCCCACCAGAUAUCCAGAUAGAGCGAUUGAUGAAUCGAGACCAGUCUUCCAAAGAGGACGCCAUGUCGCGAAUCAACUCUCAGCUGCCGAUCCACGAAAAGUUGGACUAUGCAAAUUAUGUAGUCGUGAAUGAUGGUACUCUCAAGGAUUUGGAAGAGGGGUUGUCAUCUGUAGUUCAGCGGUUGCGCACAGAGACCGGCUGGACUUGGAGGUUAACCUGGUUCCCGCCGCUCGGAAUCUUGUCUGCAGCGUCUGUUUUGGCCUACCGCCUUCUGUGGGUCAAGUUACCGGUGCAGAGAUAA